AAACCUUUGAAGAGCUGCCCCUGAAGAAGGAGCUUUUGAAGGGGAUUUACGUCAUGGGCUUCAACAGACCAUCCAAAAUCCAGGAGACGGCCCUGCCGAUUAUGCUGGCGUAUCCUGCCUCUGCUUGGCUCCCACCUACGAGCUGGCCCUGCAGAUCGGGUGCGUGGUCGAGACCAUCGGGCGGUUUUGCGCUGAUGUCAAGGUGAUGUACGCUGUCCGGGGAAACCGAGGUGAGUCUGCUCCCACCAAGCAGAGUUACCGGCGUCAUAACAGGAGCGUUCAGUGAGUACAGGGAUCCUCUCUCGGAGCCUUGAGCUACCGGGAGCCAUGCAGACCUCCACGGAGGCGUAUGAAAUGGUGUCUGUAUUCCCCUCUCCUGCUAAGGAGGCUUUUCCACAAACCCUGGCUGCUUCCAGGUGCCCCAUUUGCGUGUGGGGCUGGCUCCCACCCCACCGAGGCAAUAGGGAGGUAUCAGCCCCACUUGCAGUUUUAAGCUCCGCUUUGCGAUGACCCCCUCAAAGGCUGGAAUCUGCAUUCAAGUAGCAGAAAUGCGUCGCGUUUGGAGACGGCCGGAUGCUAUUUCCCCCUCUCUUGCAGUUCUGCAGGGCGCUGUGCUGGAGGGCCAGAUCGUCAUCGGGACUCCGGGGACGAUGCUGGACUGGUGUUUCAAACGGCGGGUCAUAGACGUGAAGAAGAUCGACAUGUUUGUGCUGGAUGAAGCCGACAUCAUGAUCGAUACCCAGGGCCUCUCCUAUCAAAGCAUCCGCAUUCAGAGGUCUUUACCCAAGGGCUGCCAGAUGCUGCUGUUCUCGGCCACCUUCAAGGAAACGGUCCGGGCGUUUGCCAUGCAAAUAGUCUCCAACCCCAUCGUGAUAAAGCUGCGGGAGGAAGAGCUCACCCUUGGCAACAUCAGGCAGUACUUCUUCGUGUGCAAGAGCAGGGAGGAGAAGUACAGAGCCCUCUGCAACAUCUACGGCAGCAUCACCAUCGGCCAGGCUAUGAUCUUCUGCCAGACCCGGAGGGUGGCGGACUGGCUGGCGGCGGAGAUGACGCAGGAUGGGCACCAGGUUGCCAUCCUGACGGCGGAGCUGACGGUAGCCCAGCGGGCCAACGUCAUCCAGCGCUUCCGCGACGGGAAGGAGAAGGUCCUCAUCGCCACCAACGUCUGCGCCAGAGGGAUCGACGUGCAGCAGGUGACCAUCGUGGUGAACUUCAGCCUCCCCAUUGAUCAGAACAACGAGCCGGAUUUCGAGACCUACCUCCACCGCAUCGGGCGAGCGGGACGCUUUGGGAAGAAGGGCAUCGCCUUCAGCAUGGUGGAAAGCCAGAACAUGCGGCUGGUGCAGAUGAUAGAGGAGCAUUUCCAGACCAAGAUCAAGCAGCUGGACCCAGAUGACAUGGACGAGCUGGAGAAGCUUGCAAACUGAGUGAGGGGAGGGGGGGAUUUGCUCCCCCAGAUCAGAGUUUUGGUUCAAAAAGGGAGGGAAAGUUCCAGGGGAAAAUCUCCCAGUUCUCUCGUAACUUCCUAAAGCCAUUGGGUUUUGUUGUGAUGUUUGAGGAGAAGACAGGGCCGAACCCUUGGCCCUGGCGAUUUAUUGCCCUUGGUUUUGUUCCGUGUUACCUCUCUGAGGUUUUUUUCACAGCCGUGAUGCUGCGUGUCCUGAGGAAUCCCCGGAGGGGCUCUUAAAACAUGGGGUAACGUUCCUCAAAAAUGGGUGCGGGGGCACUCGGAGCGCUCAGAAAACAUAAACUCCAUUAACUGGCCCAAAGUAUCUGGUGAAAAGUUUAUAAAGAAAAAAAGUUAGGAGAAAGGAGCGAGUCAUUAAAAAGCCAAGCCCGUCUCACUAGAUGGCAGCAUGAACCCACCGCUGCCAUCCCAAAUCCCAGCGGCACCCGAACCGCUGGCGGUCGGGGUCACGGCGGUGGCGGGAGAGCGAGGUCGGGCCCCCCAGGCUGCGUUAGUGUCCCCAGACAGUUUAUCCCAGCUCCUCGCUAAUAAAAUGAAAUUAUUUAUAACUA